ACAGUACAUCAUCAAGUCUGCCGGAAACGCACAAGACGACGAAGAAGACAGCAGAUAGUCUGCUGGAAACUCACAGGAAGAUAAUUAAGUCAACGGAAGUGAAGUGACCAAGAACAAUUUCCACGUUAACGUUUUUAUUUAGACGUUUAUUAAAACCCUGGAACUUAAAAUGACUAAUUUAACUGUACAUCAUCAUAUACUUACCGCAUGUACUGUCUAAUUCGGGUUAAGGACUUGGUUGAUAGAUGUUAUCUGGGUAAUGCUAGCUAACUGCUAACAAUGGCUAACUGUAUGGUUUUUCACACUCAAAUAUCCUCCAUCAUGGAGGUCCUAGCAAAUGCUGCGGUGGCAGAGAUCUGUAAACUAGUAGACGACGACUAUGCAGUGUUUCGUUUGGAAAUAAGUCAAAGCCAGAAAGAAAACAGGGCAUUGCGGAGGAAACUACUAGAACUGAAGGUGGCACGGGAGCGCGCAGAGAGAACAACACGAGAGCGCGUCCUCGCCAGUAGUGUCAAGAUCCUCGACCGAUACAGAGGAAUGGCAAGAGGUGAAGAACAUGUCACUGGAGGACACAGGAUCUUUGUGAAGCCAGUGGGACUUAAUACACUGAGAGAUGAUAAACCAAUCACUGUUGAUGAGGGGAGUGGAACCUCAACCCAGCACAUUAUCAUGAUAGAGUCUGCAGAGGUUGCAGGUCUUGGAAUCAAGCACGAGAUGUCUGAAGGAGAGGAGGACCCACGGCACAGCAGAGACAUCCAGACUGGAGAGACUGGACCACCCCUUGUAGCCACGGAGGACCCCACCACCACCCCAGCACAAUCCAGGAUCAGAAGCAGCAUCACGGAAGUCAGUGGAAGGCCAGAUGCCGUCCUCAAGUCAGAGACAGACACCAAGACUUUAACUGUAACACAAAGGCAUUUACACAGAGAGAGACAGGGGCUGGGGAGGCUGGGCUGUCCUCCUGCUCCCAGCUCAGAGUAUUUACUUUACGAUAACCCGAGCCCGGUUCAUUCCCAUCGAGACUCAGGUGACGAGACUGGCAAUGAACCGUCUUGUUCUUACACUACAGAGAUGAACCCUGGCACGCCCUUAGGUUUAGAGACACAAACUGGUCCAUUUAGAGGUGAUUGGAACCGGUACAGUAGUAGUGUAUACUCUGAAGGGUGCCUAGAUAAGAAAGGGGAGGUUCUGAUCGUAGAUGAUGUGAAAGUGGAGGGCGAUGUUCCUCCCACAUGGAAUACAGAUAGUCACCUUGGAGACGGACACUCACAAGGCAGAGAUUUCUUAGACAGCAGGGAAAGCUUAAAGACAAAUCUAAAUGUCGCAACCAACUCCCCUUUACAGGCGUUCAGGGAUCGCAACCCAGUGUCCACGUCGAUGGGGCCUUCUGAUUCACACGGCCGCAUUCUUUUCGAUCAGGUAUUGAACUCAAACGACCGGGCUAGAGCCCAGGCUCAGGGAGGGGGAGGUACAUCAGGCAAUAGUAAAGAGAAAAGGUUCCUCUGCAUGUUCUGUAGCAAAGGCUUUAGUUGCUCCCAAAAGGUGGAGAUCCACCAGAGGGUCCACACAGGGGAGAAACCCUUCAGCUGCCCCCAGUGUCACUUGCGCUUCGCAGAGGCUGGCAACCUGAAGAGGCACCAGAGGGUCCACACAGGGGUGAAACCCUUCAGCUGUACCCAGUGUCACAUGCCCUUCGCCCAGGCUGGCAGCCUGAAGAGGCACCAGAGGGUCCACACAGGGGAGAAACCCUUUAGCUGCUCUCAGUGUGAGAAGAGGUUCUCACGCCAGCACCAGCUUAAGAUCCACCUGAAGGUCCACACAGGAGAGAGACCAUUUACCUGUACGCACUGCGGAAAGAGGUUCUCAGAGAGGAGCUGCCUCAGGAUACAUCAGCAGAAAAACCAUUCCACUCUAUAACAUAUGAAGUAACCAUUCCACCCAAUAUCUGAUGUUUAGAUUUCAGCGUUUAAUAUUCCUGGGUAGAAUAUUGCAUCCAGACAUGGUGUAAAAUACAGUAUAAGGCAUAUAUAUACAGUGCCUUCAGAAAGUAUUCACACCCCUUUUUCCACAUUUUGUUGUUACAAAGUAGAAUUAAAAUGGAUUUAAUUGUGAAUUGUGAAUUGCUUUGCCACAUUUUUUUGCAGUAUUACUGUAGUGCCUUGUUGCAAACGGGAUGCAUGUUUUUUGGUCUGUACAGGCUCUCUUUUCACUGUGCCAAUUAGGUUAGUAUUGUGGUGUAAUUACAAUGUUGAUCCAUCCUCCGUUUACUAUCACAGCCAUUAAACUCAAACUCUUUUAAAGUCACCAUUGGCCUCGUGAAAUCCCUGAGCGGU